GUUUGUCUUUUCAUAUUUGUGGACUGAAACCAUUGAACAUGUUUGACAGAUUUUGGUUUUGGUUGUGUUUGUGGCGUCUGGUUGGUGUGUUUGCUGAUUCAGAUGCAGUGAAGUCAGUGUCAGUGAUGGAGGGAGAUUCAGUCUCUCUACAGACUCACACUGAACUACAGACAAAUGAUCGGAUAAUAUGGACAUUUGGACUUUCAGAGGCUCGUAUAGCUCAAAUCAAUAAACAGGCUGGAAGAUUCUCCACUUAUGAUGGUCCUGAUAGGAGAUUCAGAGACAGACUGAAGCUGGAUCAUCAGACUGGAUCUCUGACCAUCACAAACACCAGAACCACAGACUCUGGACUUUAUCAAGUAACCAUCUUUGGGGGCAGGACAGACACCUCAUACAGAUUCAAUGUUACUGUCUCUGGUGUGUUUGCUGAUUCAGAUGCAGUGAAGUCAGUGUCAGUGAUGGAGGGAGAUUCAGUCACUCUACAGACUCACACUGAACUACAGACAGAGGAUCUGAUAACGUGGACAUUUGGACUUUCAGAGACUCGUAUAGCUCAAAUCAAUAAAGACACUGGAAGAUUCUCCACAUAUGAUGCUCUUGAUGGGAGAUUCAGAGACAGACUGAAGCUGGAUCAUCAGACUGGAUCUCUGACCAUCACAAACACCAGAACCACAGACUCUGGACUUUAUCAUGUAACCAUCAGCAGCAGGACAGACACCACAUACAGAUUCAGUGUUACUGUCUCUGGAACAACAAAGGGAGGGACGGAGGGGAACUCAGGUGGAGGACGGACACCCGGUAGGAGGACGGCCAACAGAGUUCAGGGUGGAGUCGAUGGAGAGAGGAGCCAGGGAGGAGACAGGAGGAGCCAGGGUGGACCAGACGGAGGGAGGAGACAGGAGGGACUUGGAGCAGGAAGAGCCAGGUGGGACCCAGGCCACAGCCAUGAAGGCGACCCACGGUGGAGCCGAUGGAGGGAGGAGCCAUGGUGGAGGAAGGGGGGGCCGACCGAUGGCGGCGGAGCAAGUGGAGGAGGAGCCCGAGGCGGAGACGGAGAGCCGAUGAACCAGGGUGACGGGGAGGAUCUGGAGGACCAAGGCGGAGCAGAUGGCUCAGGCGACCGAGGUGGAGACGGGGAUCCGGAAGGCCGCGGUGGAGCAGGAGCAACAGAGGACCGAGUUGGAGCCGAAGGGAAGGAGGAGCCUGACAGAGCCGGAGGCACGGAGGGACGAGGUGCAGCUGGAAGAGUGGAAUCCCGAGGCGAUGGAUGGUUGACGAUUGACCAAGGCGGAGCCGAAGGGAUGAGGGAGCCCGGCGGAGCUGGUGGACUGACGGGCCACAGCGGAUAG